AUGAAAUCCACCUUCGCCCUGUCCGCCCUCAUCGCCAGCGUGCUCGCCGCCGCAGCUCCCACCACGACUCCAUUCCAGCUCGUCAUCAGCAGAGCUCAGUCCAGCACCACCGAACUCAAGGGCCGCGCUCUCAUCAGCCAAGGCGACGCCUUCAUCGUGGCCCCGAACGGUGACCACGGCAUCAACUUCACCGGUGGUGAUGGCACUCUGGGAAUUCAGAACGGCGACGUUGUCUACGUUGGCAGUGACGGUCACGUCGACCUCAAGAGCACCGACGGUAUUGCAUCUGAUGGUUUGACCGAGGGUUUCACUACGGACAGCAACAACGUCCUCCAGUGGGCCCAGGGAGAGUUCUUCGCCUGUCCUCACGUCUCCCUUCGCUCGGGUGUCACCCUCUCCAGUGAUUGUGUUCAGAUUGGCCUUACCAAGGUUGCUGCCUAA